GACUAAUUAAUGUCCGACGGUCCAUAAAUCAUCAGUCAUAGUAAUAGUAGUUUCUCCGGCUAUUACACUCAAGAACUGCACCACAUCAAUGCCCGAAUGUUUGAUGAUUGUUGAGCUGAGUCCCGCCUCUUCUUCCAAUGUCAAAAUGCCCACCACCCACCACUGCAUAUGCUGCAAAAAGACAGGAUUUUGCACAAAGCACCAAAUCAGGUAAUAACAGCUCCUCCAAGUGACCGCAAUCCGGAAGAGGAGGGGGACAGCUUGAAUGAAGAUGAAGACAAGGAAGAGGAGGACAUCGGACAUCUACAGGACCGGGCAAUUUCUAUUGCGUCAAACGUUAUUGCCGAUGUUUUUGAAUCAAGUCGCUUGUCAGGCCUGGAGUAUAUCACCUGCGGUGGCUACAACCAUGUCUGGUUAGUUGUGUACUCGACGGAUCGGUCCCAAGGAGGCUCCCAGGACAACAAGUUCAUACUUCGUAUUUCAAGAGAAGUGGCUUCACUCCAACCGUAUCAGAUCCGACAUGAAGUUGCUUGUUUACAUUUCUUAAAGGAAAAUGUGCCACAAAUUCCAGUGCCAAAGGUCUACGCUUGGGACGAUGGGACUUCCAACUCGGGCCCAGCCUUUAUCGCGCAGGAGUUUAUCAAAGGCCAGAAACUCAGUGUGGUCUGGCCUGACUUAACUGAGGAGCAGAAGACAGUCAUAUCACGCGAGAUUGCCAGCGUUAUUGUUGAUCUUGGAGAGACGAGGUUUGAUUGUGGAAUUGGCGGGUUAGCAAUCAACGCACCUGCAGGACCGACUAUUGAAGCUGCGAAGAUAUUCAAUGGCAGGACGAAAUUCCAUUCCCCAGACUUUUACAACAUCGGCCCGUACACGGAGAGCAAGGGGUACAUUCAAGCCUGCUAUGACCGCGAGAUAUCCUUCUACACUCACGCGGGCGAGGCCGACCUCGAACCCAUUGCAGAAGCCUUUGAAGAGACCUCAGUCUCCUCAUUCAUAUCGCAACUACAACGCGAACGCGACGCCAUCCUUGAAGACGACUCUGUCUUUCAGAAGAUCGAUGCGGAACCUCUUGUCUUGGUGCAUGAGGAUUUCCAUUCCAGCAAUAUGCUGGUGCUAGAUGGGCACUUGGUCGGGGUCUUGGACUGGGAGUUUUCCGGUGUUUAUCCUCUGAGUGAACUGCUGGGGGCCGCCGCCAUUCUUCAAAUCUCGGGCCCACGUCGCUAUGAGAAUGAAGAGUGGACUGAGCAGGAGGAAAUGAAGUGGCAGGGUCAUUACUUGGAGGAGAUUCAGCGCGUGACUCGGCAACGGGGUUGGACAGAGCAGGACAUCACAACGGUCAUGGGCGGUGGACAUUAUAUAUUGCAGAAAGCUAGGUCGGUUAUGUUUCCAUGAGAAAAAAAAAUGAAUAUGCGUUUCUGGGGGGGGAGGGGGUUGGCAGAAAUACUGCUAUGGGACCCGAAUUCAACAUUCAGGAUCAUACAAAAUGAGGUAACGUCUAGAAUACAAUGAUUGAUUUGACAAUGG